AUGGGACUUGCUGCAUCUGCAUUCGACUGCACGCGCUUGCUGCUGCUGCUGCUGGAAUUCCUGCCCAGUCCCGGCCUCGGGCCUCGUCGUGUUGUUUCCGGAGAGCUUCCGAUGCGUUCCUGCCAUGCCUGCCGUGGUGGUGCGGUUGUCGCCGUCCAAGCUUACCUUACCUUCCUUACUUGCAUUGCCAGCUUCCAAGUUGCAAGCCCUUUCCCUUCCAGACCCAUCGCUGGUUCCAUUUGGAAAGGGCCUCAGCUGCGGAAUGGAAGGAUAAACGGGAAGGGGAAACACCAAACCCUUGACCGAUCCUUGCCUGCCUUGGACCUCCCCUCCUUCACGCCUCCUCGCCGUCUCCUUCUAUUGACUUGCGCAGUAUCCGUAUGCCUCGAAUUCCUCUCUUUUGCUGACCGUUCUCGGAUCGAGCUGGAGUACCUACCUAUUCAGUCAAUCGCCAGUUCAGCAUUUAUUCUCUGCCGGGCCACUUUGACCCGUCCAGUCACCAGUGUGGUAUGGCAUGGCUGGGUCAAAGGCUGGCUUACGCCUCUGGCUAACCAACUGACGGACUGUCACUUCGCCUCAACUAACUCGCAGGCUAGCACACUUUCUCGACGCCAGGUCUACCUAUCUCUCGAUUCUAUGAGUCCUCUGACUGCCAUGUCAACAUCCUCCCUUCUUUGUAUCUAUGCGCAACACGCGUGGAAUGUUUCUUGCUUCCUCGACCCCACUAUGCUCGAAUUGCCCGAUGCCUCCGUUCGAGAUGCCGAAUCACUCACUGUAAAUACGAAGGAAAACCAAACAAGGUUUUCGGGCUUGCGCACCCAAAACGCCAAGCAAGAACCUAUUUCUCUAGAUUCUAGACGUUGUACUGCCACGACAACGGGCAACGGGCAUGUAUGGUACAGGAGUAGUCCUCGGCCGAGAUGCGCACCGACACCUAGACGCAAAAACAACCGCUUGUCAGCCACGACAACCUACAAUAUCAGCUUUCGCCUAGCCGACGCAGCCUUUCCGAUCCGCCGCCGCCGCCGCUCUAUGACUGGGUACAACCUCCUUCGUCGGGAUGUUGCAAAAAUGAAAGACCAUCGAGCAAUCAUCAACCUUGUCACUCACGGCUUCCAGAACCCCUGGAACCGCCUGCACCGCUGCCGUCACUGCUUGCGAUGCUGUCGCGCUGCGUUAGCAGACGAGGGCACAGUGACGGCAGCCGCAGCGUGCAUUUACGCAUGCAUAGACCGGACCAGCGAGAGCACAAGCAGGUCCAGGUCCGGCACCCACCAUCUCAAAGACAGGCCGGACUACCCCUGCAACUCGGCAGCUUGGAUCGUUCUCGGGGUGAUGGUCUCUGGGAUUGGUCGGGCGGCCAACAGCCUCUGGAAUCUACCUACCAAAAGUAUCCGCCCGUGGAUAGGCGGAUUUCGCGAGCACAUCUCGCCCCCAACGAGAACCAAUUCGAACCCUCCUAUUAGUCGUAAUCGCCAUAGGAUGGCCCAGAAGCUGCGGAGAAAUGUCAAGGAUUCCAAGACACAGGAUCCCUUUUCGUCACUUUUUGUUCCUCCCGUUGCUUUACACGACCUGGACGCGGUCGAUAAAUCCGUCGUUGCGCUGAAGGCUUCCGAUUCCAUGGCUGCUAAGAUUGUGUUUCCGAACCCAAGUAAGCUUCUCAGCUCGUCCUGUUUACACGAGUGUAGACUUGAUCACUGCAAGGAAGAGGUCAGUGACGGAUCUGCAACGCCAGCCUCGAGUCACGUCGCCGCUUCCGAUGUGUGUAGGACGCGCAAUGAAAUGUCGGAUGAGACAAGCUGCGCCAUUGCUCCAACAACCUUCCAACUAUUCACGUUGACCUGGCGCGUCUCACACAUCGCUUGCAAUUACAAGAAAGCCCUCGAUUGGGAACCGAUGGAGCAUUAUCAGCUACCUCAUGCAGAUGGUCGGUCGCUGGCGGCCUGUGAAGAUUUGGCCUUCCUUUCGCUUGCGGUUUCCUCUCACGAUCUCCGUCUCACGCAAAUGCUUUUCACGCGAUACACAAUGAUCGAGCGUUGGCCUUUGCUUAGGCUAAACAAAGCUUCUCGGUUUCGAGGUAUAAUUCACCUGCGCAGCCAUCGUGGUUCAAUACUGUACAGUAAACGUAUCGCCUGCAUCGAAAUUCCCCGUUCGAUUUACGUGUCUCAGCUGGGCAGUGAGCUGUUAGCCGCACUGCAGGCCGAUGCAUUUGCCCCUACCAUAAAGACGAAGCCAUCUCCGGCGGGCGUUGCCAUCAAACCAGCGGAGAUCAGCCCGCCGUUGUCCGUCAACGUUGGAGGCCCGAUUUGGGUACGGAUGCAGCUGGUCCUCUCACCGGGUUGCUAUGACCAUGCUCAACCGCGAAACGGGAAGGCCGUCCGAAUCACCGCCGGCAUCUUCUGCAGGUGUCUAGACCACACUUUGACACCUCCGACAAGGCUUCCAGCUUUCAAUGUGUGUUUGUCCGUCCCACAGGGCUCCUCCACGUGGUCGAAGUUCCCGUCGCCGACAAGGCCUGGAUUUCCUUCUACAUUGCAUAUCGAGGACAGAUGUGCCGCGCUGCAGGCUCAUGACGUUGGAAUGGAGCAAGUAAUGAUCUGGUGUCACAAGGCUGAGACGUCAUUCAUUCGACACAACAUAUGCACCCCUGCCCGUUGGUCCCCCACAUCCGAUGAGGUCCUUGCCCAACCCGGGGCCGACCAAGAACACGCAGCCACAGUGUUUACAAACACUGACAGCGUCGGUGACUCUGGUCAAGUUGACAUAUGUCUCCGUUACUUCCAGCUGCGUCGGUCACACUGCCAGACAUCAUACUACAUGAUCGGACAAUCUUGCGGUCUAGACCUUUGCGAUCUGGCACGGGGCGACCCUCUUGGCUAUCACUUGCUGCUGCUAUCAAAGGCUGAGUUUCGAUAUAUUGAUGUCGGGCUUCUGGGAGGGCAAGGAUUGACCACGAUAUUUUUUCCCCCGCUAAGCUGGCCCGCAAAGGUUCAGAGUACCAGUUUCGUCUGUUUCAGCGGCUUGGAGUUUCCCGAGCCUGGCCCCCCUGUUCUCCUACCGGCUGCCCUUCCGACCACAACCGACGACGAGAUGGCAGUUUCACCUCCGGUAAGGUCGGCUUCAGGGUCCAAUAUUCCAACUUCGAUUAUGGGUACCCGUUUCGAGAUGGAUGCGCGAGCAUGGGAUGAACUUGAAUGGGGCGUUGACACCAGAGACCUCCACCAAGGCGGGUGGGCGGAUUGGGGUGUUGGGAAAGAUGUCACAGCAUUUGAGGUGACACGAAUCGGUCGCAAAGUGAUUUCCUCGGAUAAUACCCAGACACCUAGGUUACUAGGUAGAUACGUGCAGACGGUGCCCGCGUACCACGUUGUACGAGUUACCAAGCACCAGCUUUUUGUCAGGAAGAAGAAAGCUCUUGGUAGGGAGACAAAGGGCGGUGAUGCCCAGCCGGCGGCACAAUCUGAGACAAUAGAGAAGGCGGUAGAGCGCCGGACCGAGGAAGCGAUCUUGACAGCCAGCCACCCCUUUCCGCCAAGCCAAGAUACUGGUAGAAACAGGCCUGGGUUCAUAUCAAUUCUCCUGAGUUUCGAUCUGAUUCAGCAAGUUACAAAGUUACUAGUCGGAGCUUCUCCGCUUGUUCCAACUUCCAUUACGCAGAUCUUUUUGGGGGAUCCCGAGGCCCUCUUCCAAGUACCUCCCGACUCCCGUGUAUUGCCAAUGGCAAUCGUGGAGAUCGUUCUCCAACGGUGGCUUGUCACCAUAUAUAAUGCGCCAAUGGACGCCGAGGAGCAGCUGCCUGCCAAGAACCGCGGCUGUAACGAUGAAGGUUCGAAGACACGCCCCCCGGCCGAGCUGAACCGGAUGGGCAAUAUGCUUGAUAACAUCCCAGGCCCCCCUCCCGACGCACGAUAUCACGAGGUAAACAACGUAGACGCGAGGCUCCCUGGUCACGUUCACACGGGAACACGUUCGAUGGAGGGAAGCCCGCCGUCACACAGCAGAGCCAAGAGUUCCAAAAACACAACAACUUGCCUGCCGAAACGAGCCGUCAUAGACGAGGACCCAAAAACCCACAUUCACGGUUCCGGGACCUCGGUCGUAUCUCACUCUCACACUCCCGCUAGACUGCCUGCUCCCGAAGAGUUCACUUGUAAGACGGCAAUAAAGGUGCGGCCAAGCAAGACGUUGGACAAUCGCGUCGCCGAAACACAAGAGACCCUGCAGCAUGCGGUGCUUAUAGGCUCUGCCAGCUUUUUUUUUUUCUUGCUCAAGGUGGAAGAACGGCUGAUUGGGAUACCUAUCGUGCCUAUGAAGCAAAGCAUUGGACAAGAAAUGGAGAAACGGCAUCCCGUGGAAAUGGGUUGCAGACUGCAGUCCUUGGUACUCCGUAGCUUGUACAUACAUACGGGAGGCCCACUGGGAAGUUGGCUCCGCGGCAGCCCUCACAUUUCGUUGUUACCCUCCUCCCUUCCCAAGAAUCCCGCCUGCAUUCGGCUAGCUGCGCCGAGAUGGGGGAAAGUAGACUUUCAAAGCAUGUCUCGAAGGCUGUACUCCCGCGAUCCGGCCGAAUGGGAAUACACCACAUGGAUGCCGCUUGAGAUACACGCCCACUUCCAUCACGCCCUCGGUGUAGAGGUUGUCAUGCAAGCGCCAACGACAGCGGGCCAGCGAACCCGAGAAAUCGCAGUGCAACCGGAAGCAGGUUCGGGAAUCCCCUUGCUUCUCGAAUCGGUGAGCCGGGUCAAAGUCUUGACCGACAGUGUGGACUUCCACAUGGGGAGUCUCCGACGCAGCGAGCGGACGCAACUUUACGACUCGCCUUGCAGUAACGUCGUCCAGCCUCCGGAAACCAUACCCGGGAGACAAGAAGAAAGAAAAACGACGUCCCGCAGAGAUGCAAGUCCCAGACCCCCGGUCCCCGGCAAGCGUUUUGGUUCGCGUAGGCGGUCCAACGUGACCGUUGUCGUAAACGGAGCAUCUUCUCAUCGUCCAAUACGCAAAGAACGUCUUCUCGUCUUCUCUGCGGGCCAAGGCCUAGAUUAA